UGUAUAUCACGGUUUGUUUCAGCAAUGGUGAACUGUGUAUUCCUGCGCCGCAACAAAUCCUGAAUUCAAUAGUUGUAAAGUUGCUAUUCGUAACCAAUGGGCAUACUGCUUGGUUGUCAGAUAUGUAGAAGCCACAUUCUGUAAGACGAAUCACUUCUUCAGCUGUAACACAUACGACAUGAAGUGCUAUACAUUCCGAAUAAUAAUCAUUUUGUCGUGCCUGUUUUCCAUGGGCUUACAGCUCGCUGGACUAAUAGCACCAGCAUGGAUGCGAUUUGAGUACAGGCCCAAUGAGAAUGUAUCCAUGGAAGUCAGCUCUGGUCAGUGGUACCACCAAGUGUGUUUGAACCUUCCAAACGGCCAGCAAUGCCAGGCGCUUAACAAUCUGGGGAGUAUCUAUGGCCUGGACUUAUCCGAAAUGGUAUCCAGUUUCACAGUGAUGAAGGUGCUAUUAAUGAUCAGUGUCGUCCUAUGCGUCAUCGGAAUCGUACUUGUUCUUCUCUAUUUCCAUCGCGAAGACGCCGGUCACCAAAGGAAGGUGGUGGCCGUUAUAGGAUCCCUGAUAUUUGGCGUCUCGGCAACGGUAGUGAUGGGAAUCGUCGCAGUCCAGGCCUUCAAACAUACGGCGAUGGCCCAGGCAGCCAGUAAGACCGUCGUGUUAGGUCCGGGAGGCUUGACAUUUGGGCUGCAGGUUAACCUUCCUUGGGCACUUGUAGUCUCGGGAAUAGGCGGGGCGUUUUCCCUGAUUACAGCAAUUGUUAUUGGGGUCCGAGUGUGCUGCUGCUCCCCGGUGAUCGGCGGAGAGUCCACCAGAUAUACGGCGCACUAUGUCAGCGAUGGAAAGGAUGAUAAAGCUUGAUAUAUGUGGAAUAUACGACUUGAUAUCGGUGGAAUAUACGGCUUGACAUCGGUGGAAUAUACGGCUUGACAUCGGUGGAAUAUACGGCUUGAUGUCGCUUGAACACAAUUUGGCUAUUGUACACAUUUCUUAUUAUUUUCCCCAUUUUUUACGUUUAACUUGUCUGUGUGCUGUUCAUAUAGACUGGUGUGAAGUAUGGAUUUUAUAUGUACCAUGGUUAUGUAUGUUUUUCCAUGAAUAAACUGAAUGUGGUCUAUGGCUGCAUGCUGUCAAUAUAACGAAUAGUGUUGUUCUUUAAUAUCUGCUUGUAUCUGUUUCCUAUUUUAAAAGGGCACAAACAUUUCUGUUUUAUGUUAAAACGUUUACUUUCAUAUGUAUGAAUCCCACUCAACGAAUAACGUCGAUUUCUGAUGUGUAUGCCAGUUAGCUCACAAAAUCACGUUAUCGUUCUAUUUGUAGACCAACAGUAAGUCAAUUCAGCAAGUCGAUUUAUGCGAAUUUGACACAUUUCUUCAUAAGCUGAUUUAUAGUAUAACUCUAUUAUUUGUAUAUAGAACAAAUUUAUAAAAAUAUUAUAAUUGUGUUUGUAUGUUACC